GAAGCAGCGCCGGUGAAGAAGAUCAGCAUGGAGCACUUUCCCACUGUGGAAAUGGCGCUUAGAGCUUGAAGCCUGAAGCCUGAAGCCUGAAGUCAGAGGAGCAUCUCUAGCUUGUCAAUCAGUAGAAGCGCACAGAGGACUCUACGUAUGAGCUGCACUUUGAAAAGAAACGGAUUAUGACAGAGGAGAGAGGAGGAAUCGGGCGACUCGUCAAGGAAGAAGCAAACAUCGGUGGCUGUGAUAAAGCCGUGCUCAUCAGACAGUGAACAAUGCAUGACCUGACUGCCCAAGUCACCAGCAGCCUGCUGCCGUUUCCAGGCGUGACUGUAGAUGCUCUGGGGGAGGAUGAGAUCACCCUAGACUCUGUACUACAUGGGAAGUUCACUGUUGGCCGCAGUGGGCUGGCCUGGCUGGCCUGUGGCCCCCAUCUGGAGGUUGUCCAUGCUGUGACAGGAGAACGGCUGUCUGCGUACUGCUUCAGUGGAGGAGGCGAGCACCCACCCAGUGUCCUAGCUGCCAGGGACUUCAGCUGGCUCAAACGGUCUGGGUUGCUGGUUGGCUUGGAGGAAGCAGAGGGCAGCGUGCUGUGUCUCUAUGACUUGGGACUGUCAAGGGUGGUCAAAGCUGUGGUUAUACCAGGCAGGAUUACAGCCAUUGAGCCAUUAGUGAGCUAUGGCGGAGCAAGCACUUCGACCCAGCAUCUUCACCAGAGCCUGCGCUGGUUCUUUGGCAUUGCCGCUGUAGUAACAGAUCUUGGUCAUGUUCUGCUUGUGGACCUCUGUCUUGACGACCUGUCCUGCAGCCAAAGUGAACUGGAGGCUUCAGACCUGCAGGUAGUGACCAAGUCUCCUGCAGAGAUCCCCAGGCUUAGAGAAGUCAGUACCAGACAGGGCAGACAUCUUUGUCUCCAGCUGAAUGGGCCCAGUGGAGUUGGAGCCACAGCUCUGCAGUACAUCUCCAGGACCAACCAGCUGGCAGUGGGAUUUUCUGACGGAUACUUACAACUGUGGAACAUGAAGGUUCUAAAGAAGGAAUACCACUCCCAGUUAGAGGGUGGCAGGGUGCCUGUCCAUGCUUUCACCUUCCAGGAGCCAGAAAACGACCCCAGGAAUUGUUGCUACCUCUGGGCUGUCCAGUCUUCUCAGGACCUCGAGGGAGAUAUGGUCAGCCUCCACCUGCUUCAGCUGGCCUUCAGUGAAAGGAAGUGUCUAGCAUCUGGGAAGAUCCUCUAUGAGGGUCUGGAGUACUGUGAGGAACGUUACAGUCAGGAGUUAAAUGGCACAGCUUUUCCUCUUAGGGCCCAGGCCACCAACAUUCGCCUACUGAGUUGCCAGACCAUUGAGAAGUUUAGACCCCAUCCUGACAGGGAUGACAGCAUGAAUGAAGUUGCAUCUCCAGACACCAGUGUGUCUAUCUUCAGCUGGCAAGUGAAGGCCUAUGGUCAGGGAACUCCAUCUACUUUCAUUGGGGUUUUUGACAUCAACCGUUGGUACCACGCACAAAUGCCAGACUCUUUAAGAACGGGGGAGUCUUUGCAGAAUUGUCCCUACCUGGCAGUUUGGUCUCUGGACCCAGUGGUGCAGAUGGUGUCUUCACACCCCCUCCUGGAUGUGGUGGUGCAUGACCGCAGCCUGAGCAGGGGCCUGCCCUUCACCUGCCCCCCACCGGAACAGUACUUUAACCCCACCACCUAUAACUUUGAUGCUACCUGCUUGCUCAACUCUGGAAUUGUGCACUUAACAUGCUCUGGGUAUCAGAAAGAGACCCUGAGCUUUUUGAAGAAAGCUGCUCCUUGUUCCAGUGACAUCAUCUCCACCAGCUACUCCCGCUGCCUCAUGUCCGGUCUACUCUCAUCUCGCCUGGCUGACACCCAAGCCUCCAGCCUCUCUCAGGAGGAGCAACUGGAUGCCAUCUUGUCCACAGCAGUGGAGACCAGCUCCUUGGGACUGAUCACAGGCUGCAUCAAGCAGUGGACUGCAGAAGAACAACCAGGUUCUGCACUGAACCUGCGCUACAUCCUGGAUUGGGCCUGGAACAAAGUAGUCCAGACCAAGGAGGAACUGGAUGGCAUCUGUGCUCCGCUGUUUGACAGCUCAUCCAACUUUACAGAUCCUCAGACCAUGCAGCUGCUACAGCACAGCCAGAGGCUGCUCAGUAACCUCAGUACCAUCUUCCACUGUCUGCUCAAUGAAGCUCAGGAGCUCACACAAAAAGGCCUGGUGGGUCUGAUGAACAAGAACAUGGUGUCCAGUCUGAUUUCCAAGUACGCUCAGGUGGUGCUCUGGUUCUGUCGUACCGGUCUGCUGCCUGAAGGAUCAGACAAUGACGCUCUCCAGAUCUCCAGGCCAUUCUACACUCACUCAGUCAUCAGCAACUAUUAUACAAUACGCAGAGAGGAGCUCACCAGGCUGGCUAAGGGCAAGUGGUGUGCAGACUGCCUGAUGAUUGACGGUUUGGUCAGGCAGUGUGGUGAACGCUUGACCAACCUGUGGAAAAGGGACGACGGUGGGACAGGGCAAUACCCACCACCUACAUUGCAUGCCUUGUUGGACAUUUAUCUGCUGGACAACAUCGAUGAAGCUGCCAAACAUGCAAUUGUGAUUUACCUGUUGCUGGAUGUCAUGUACUCCUUCCCCAAUAAGGAGGGAGCAUCAGUGGAGUCUUUCCCCACAGCCUUUGCCAUCCCAAUUGGACUUGUGAAACUAGUACAAGGCCUCUGGCUACUGGACCAUCAUGACCACCAGAGUUCAUUUGAGCUGCUCCUGCAUCCAGCUGCAUCUCAGUGUCAGUUUGAGUGGCAGCAUGAGCGUGUCCUGCAAGCACUGAUGUGCCAGGGCCAACACUCAGUGGCACUACGAUACUUCCACGUUACAAAGCCCCCAAUUUCCUCCACCUCCCAGGCCAAACUCUGCCUGUCUGUACUGCUACACAAUAGGUGUCUCAUAGAGGCGUGGUCCUUAGUUCGGCAGCACUCUAAUCGCCUCAACAUGGGUGAGCUUCUGGGCUUCCUGUAUGAGAGCUGCCAGGAGCUGGGCCUCAUCAAGGAGCUGCUCAAAUUGCCCCUGGGACUCACUGAGCAGGAAUGUUUGGAGAAGUUCCUCCAGGGUACAGGGGGUCUCCAAAACAGAGAACUGCUGAUGGUUCAUUACCUUCAGCAGGCCAACUACAUUCCUGCCCUGCAGCUCAACCACAGCCUCAAAAUGAACCUGGUGAAUGAGCGAGACCCAAAACUUAAAGAACGAUCCAACACCAGGAACUCUAUAUUGGAUCAGUAUGGCAAAGUUUUGCCCAGAGUCCAGAGGAAACUGGCGAUGGAAAAAGCCAAGCCCUACCAGCAUACCUACGCCAUCCACAGAGAAGUUUCUCGGCCGCAGCCACUGUCAACCAUCACCAAACGCUCUACCAAUGAGAAGGUGAUGUCGAGGGCCGGCUUCAUAAACAAUGUUCUGACCAAGAUCGAGGAGGUUUGGUUAGGCAAAGGAGCUUCACCACAGUCCACCCCAGUCAAGAGCCCCAGGGUAGCUGAUGUUCAGAGCCCCAAGCCCUCUUUAGCCCUUCCUGACCCCUUCUUGGGAACUCCUAUCACCAUGACCUCCAAACGAAAGUCAAGGCUGAUGGACUUCGUCGUUCACCCCUCCUGUCAGACUCCUCGCACUCUCCUCAGCCCUCCCAGACCUCCCAGCUCCUGGGUUUCUCCAAAGAGCAUCAGCAAGGCCCCUGAACUCAGUCUGCUGCAAACACCGCAAGUUGUCAAGCGAGCUCGGGCUUUGGCUGCUUCUGGCCCUGUGUUCUCAGCCUUCACUCCUCAGUCAAUCCUGCGCAGCAGCCUUAGGCCCACUCCGGUCGCCACCCCUUCUGCUUCUCCAGGACGAUCCAUCACCCCCCCACUCCGCAGCAAAGAAAGUAGAAUCACUUUUAUCGAAGAGGCAGAAUCUCCGGAACCAGAGAAGGGCAUCCGAUGGACCAAUGGGAUGGCAGCAGAAAGUGAGAUUAGCUUGCUGGCCAGAGGCUCCACACUACCCAAGGCUACGCGUGAGACCUGGUCCUCGCAGCCAGCUGAAGAGGAAGAGGAAGAGGAGGGAGAUGAGGAAGGAGAACAAUCUCACGUAAAAUUCAUGCCUCCAGAAGGUGGUGUACCCUCGCCACAACUGAGAUGCUUUGAGAGCGAGUCAUCCUCCAUCCACAAAGAUGCUGCAGACAGCAGACCAUCAGAUGCAACGCAAGCACAACUUAGCCUGAGCUUCGAUUCCAGCCAGACGCCUGUGCGUUCAACAGACACCACUCUAGAGUACUACGAUGCACCUCUUUCAGAAGAGCAGGAAGAAGAGCAUACAGAUCCAGAGAAAAAAGACGAGGUAGUGACGAUAAACAUCAAAGGCCUAACUGAAAAAGGGGAACCAGAAGAAAAACCCUCAUCCAUCAUUGAGCAGACUCCUCUCCUGACAUCAGAGGAUCUAGAAAGGGAAGAAGAGGAGGCGAAAGAGGAUGAAAUAUUUGAGGACGUGAUGGAGAUUGGUCUUGAACAAGAAGAUAAAACAGAGGAAGAAGUUCAGUCAGAACAGGGGGCUAAAACCGAGGAAGAGUUUCAGUCAGAACAGGAGGAUAAAAUCGAAGAAGAGGUUCAGUCAGAACAGGAGGCUGAAAACGAAGAAGAGGUUCAGUCUGAAAAGGAGGAAAAACAGGACGCUGAGUCAAGUACCAAACAAGAAGAUGCUGCAACUCUUGACCAAGAGGAGACGUUUAGUCACAAUCAAGUUUGUAACCAGGUAACUGAGAGCGCCAACUCUGGCAUUGAGGUCGAAUCUCAGGAUCAACCAGUGAAGGCUACGGGACAGGACAUCCAGUCAGAGGCCACUGAAUCCACUGAGUUCAUUGAGUGUCUGAAACCAUCUGGUGCCACUGAACCCACGCAUGAACCAGAAGAGGAGCUGGAGCAAUCAACAGAUCUGACAGAGUUUGUGCAGAGACAUCUGUUUGGCGGUGAUCUGUCUCCUCCGCUCACCCGCUCAGGAAUCCACAACGCAUCACAGACCCAGACAUCCUUCAACAGUGAAUCAUUAGGUGAGGUUGAAGAGGAGGAGCCGGCAGCUGUUGAACCUCCCCCGGUGUUCACCAGCCAGAAAUCUAUUGCCUCUGUGACGUCCUCCGAGCCAACUGGCACAGACUCCCACUCUGUUGUGAGUUUAAACGAUAGUGAAGAGCUUUCUAGCCCUAUGUCUGAAGAGGAAGAAGAAGAUGAGGAGGAGUCUGAUCAAGUAGAGGAUGAAGAAGAGGAGGAGGAGGAGGAGGAGGACUCUGGUAGUGAGGUUGAGAUCAUUGAGGAGGUCCAGGGUAAUGGGAGGCUGCCACCCCUCCAACCCAGUUCAGUCUUUGUGCAACACACACACUUCCUGUCAAGUCUGUCAGAGCAGGAGACAGCAGAGUUCCCUCUUAUCACGCCCGGUGCAGAGAUGAAGAUGGUAGAGGAGGACAUGGAGGGCGAGGUGGUCAUGGUGAGACUGGGUGCAGAUGAAGGAGGGAUGGAAGCAGAUGAGGUUGAAGAGCAAGGAUCGUCUUACUUGGAGCUCAAGCCAUCCACCACUCUCCUGGUACCCCUGGAGCUCAUGGAGGGACAGGCCGGCCUGGUGGCCAGUUCUCAGCUGGGUCUUCCUGAGCUUCCGCAAGCUAUUGUGCCAGAUGACCCAAGGUCUGAAACUCACACUGGCUUCUCUCUGAUGCUCGAUAUGGAAGAAGACGGGGAUAAAGAUGCAGACACGCAACCUAUGGAGAAUGAUCUGCAAUUCUCCGACCCUCCCACCCUUUCUCCAGCAGUGGAGGCUAGUGAUGAACUUGUGACCAAACCUGAGGAUAUUCUUUUGGGCACAGAUGAUCAGGAUCCUCUCCUGUCUGAAGGAGCCUCUGAAGAGGACCAGCAGAAAGAGUUGGACAUCUUGGAUGGAGCUGAAGUAGAUGGACUGACAGAGACAGAACUUCUCGAUGACCAAGCUGUCCUACAAACCGAAAACACUGAUGAAAACCAUGAAACAGAGGAUGCUAAAGAACAGAUGGAUACAGAGUUAGUCAUGCUGGCUGAAGACCAGGAACCUGUUGGUCUUUCGGUCUGUGAGCCAACUCCAGUGGAAGAACUUCCAGCAGCUGUGGAUGACAAAGACUCUGUGGCAGAGAAAGAUGCAGCUGAAGAGAAGAUGGAAGAAGAGGAAAAGGAGGAGGAGGAAGAGGAGGAGAAGGAAAAGGAGGAGGAGGAGGAGGAGAAGGAGAAGGAAAAGGAGGAGGAGGAGAAGGAAAAGGAGGAGGAGAAGGAAAAGGAGGAGGAGGAGGAGAAGGAACAGGAGGAGGAAGAGAAGGAACAGGAGGAGGAAAAGGAGGAGGAGAAGGAAAAGGAGGAGGAGGUCAAACCAACACCUGCUGAGGACCAGGAAGAGCCUGGAGAAAAUGGGCCUGUUAAUAUGGAAACAGAGAUCGCCCCCAGUGCUGAGACAGCAACCGUUGUGGAGGAGAAGCAGCAGGACCCCAUAGUCCCAGCAGAGACGAAAGAGGAUAACGGGGAAGAAAUUAAGACAGAGAAAGAAACGAAAAAGAGGGGAAGGCCGAGAAAACAAAAAGAACCUGUGUCAAAUAGCCAGCCGGAGGAACAGCCUGUGCCAGAGACUCCCACUUCCCAGAGGAAAAAGAAAGCUCCUUCCACCCCAACACGGAGAACCACAAGGGCGAGGGCAGUUACCUUUAUCUCUCCGCUGCAGGAGGAAGCAGAGGAGGAUGGGAAAGUGGAGGAGGCAGAAACAAGCACUCUGGCCCCUGCCUCACCUAGUCGCACACCUAGAAAAGGUAAACAGAACAAAGAGAUCAAAGUCCGAGCUAGCACACCUCGAAGAACUACUCGCAAAACUCAGCCUGUUGAAGAGGAGGAGGCCAUGGAUAAUGACACCACGGUUGCAUCAACCUCCAAGGCUUCUUCUCCAGGUAGACGACGGGCUUCCCAGAAGGCGCCUUCAACAAAGGCCAGCCAAAGUGGCAGUGAGGAGGUGUCUGCAGGCACAGAGGGUGAGGAUGAGGGCACAGACACAAAGGCUUCAGAGCAAACAAGCUCCAAGACUCCCACACCGGCUAAACGCAGGACUGCUCAGGGCAGCACUCCGAGGAGGUCCAGCAGGAGGAUACUGAGUAGCAGUGAGGUGGUGCCAUUGCCAUUAGAGAUCCUGAAAGAAGAGAAGGAACAGGAGGAGGUGUUUGCAUCCCCUGCCAAACGCAACUCCAGGAAAUCUAAGACUGAAUCAUCAGAGACCCUGCUGGAGGAGGAAGAGAGCAAAAAAACAGUUUCCAGCCCCAGUAGGUCGACUCGGCAGUCCAACCGGAUCACCCUGAAUGUUUAUCCACAAGUGAAACUGGUUCCUGUAUCACUUCCUCAGAGUGUAAGGAAGAAGAGAGCAGAGUUGAUGACGGAAAAUAUAAAUGAAAGUGAAGCUCUGUUUGAGCCUGAACUGAACAGCAACACCGGUCUCACCAACUCCCUUCGACCAACCAGAAGCAAACUCUGGGAUCACCCUGAGGAAGACCUUCCCUUACUGGACUCACCAUUGGAGGUGGAUUCUGAAACCCCUGUCGCAGACGCCCUCAUCAAGAGACUUCAGGAUGAGGAAGAGAAGCAGGAAGGAGGCGUCGUUGUUACAAAGAUGGUAAGAACCAGCAAGAGAGCUACAAAGUCGUCAGUGGAGCAGGAUCACUCGCUACAAGACAGCCUGUUCCCCGAACCCGAGGAUGACGAGUCUAGUCCAGGCGAGCAUUCAUUCAUCUACUCCCCCUCGAGAAGAAGAACAAGAGCUAAUAGAGCAGAGUCUCCAGGGCCGAGUGAAGAGUCCGCGGCGCCCGUCACUCGCAGCAGGAGAAGAGUUGUCAAAGACACCUCUGUUGCUCCUCCUGAUGAAAUUGCUUCAGAAGAAGAUCCUUUGGAAGUCGAGAAAGCAGUGGGUGUUUCUAAGACCAGAAAAACAGGCAAACGAGCAACCAAAUCCAAAGCCGCUCCGGAGCCGCCUCCCGUAGCAGAGGUGGACCUGCUCUCGCCUCUGCCCAGCCCAGCUGAUCCGCUCCCACGGGCGCUGAAGAGAAUUAAGGAGGGAGAGGCCCUGCCCCCGAGCAUGAACCUUCGACGCAAGCGCAUAAUGGACACCGUUUUCACAAAACCUGUCACACGGAGGAAGAAACUCUAAGGAGGUUGGUGGUGGUUCUAACCAUUGAACCUCAGACAGCCACCAGGUCUUAACCAACUCGGUCAGGAGCUGUCAAAUAAAAGUGUAUGCCUAAACUCAUGAUGGUUCUAUUUCCUCAAAUGCCUCACAGUGCUGCGGUUUGUACAUUGACUUCUCUGUAGGACAAUAAAAUAAAAGCAAUGUAGGCAUAAAAAUAUAUUUUUGGGACAAAACGCACUGAUGGAUAGCAGUGUGAGAGAGGACUAUAUUUUUAGAGUUCACACGUCCCGCUCGUACUAACUCUAUUUCACUUGGUAUUGUAUCUGUGGCCAUUUUUUUUUUUUGGACAUUGUGCGACGCUCCUUAUAAUCGGCUUAUUUCUCUGGGCACAGAAUGGCACAAGGGAAAGCAAUCGAUGGGCUUUUAGAAGCUCCCAUUAUUAAAACCAGAGAGACUGAACUGAACCUGCCUUUGAUGAAAAGGUUUUAUUUACAUUCUUUUUUUUAAUUUUAAGGUUGUUUUUGUUUUGUUUUUUGUUCUUGUUUACUUUUAAGAUUUUGAGGCCUGCUGUUUUUCUAUUUAAGAAGAAAAGCAACCAACCCAGUGGAGAUACAAGAUUUCUACUGAUACAUUUGUAUAUAGUUUUUUGCUAUGUUCCAAAUAAAAUUAAUAAAUAAAUCCUAAAGAAUUAUGUUCAUUUUGAAGUUUUAAGUGUCUGGAAUGCAUUUGAUCAUCUAAUCUGACUGCCUAUGCCAUAGUCUUAAAAUAUCAGUCGUUUUGAAGGGUUUUUUGUUAAAGAGGCAGACUAUUGCCAUCACAUUUGGACUGUUUUUGUAUGUCAUGGGGAUGUUGUAUAGUGUGAAAGAAACAAAAAAGGUCUUGCACAGCGGUUUGGAGUUAAUUGUUUUUGGGAAAUGUUAAUAGGUUUGUUUAAUUAAAUUAAUGGCAACCACCACCUGAAACAUGGGCUAUUUUCUGAUGAAUGUAUGUAGAAUGUCUUAUUUUUGAUGACUGCUCUUUGAUAAAUAUGGUAAAGCUUGAAUAUUUCUCUA